AUGUACAGCAAGCUCAGCAUCAUCGCCGUCGCCGCUGGCCUUGCCCAGCUCGCCACUGCUGUUGGCAGCGCUCGAGUUGUCAACAAGUGCUCCAACUCCGUGACACUCUGGUCCGUCGGCAGUGACGUUGCGGGGCCAUACACCUUGGGCACCAACGGCGCCUACAGUGAGCAGUUUGUCGUGGACCCAACCACCGGCGGCAAAGCUCUCAAGAUUACCACGACGUCUGAUGGCCUGUACACCGGCGCUCCUCAGACGAUCUUCUCGUACAGCCUGGACGGUGACAGCGUCUGGUACGACCUGAGCGACGUCUUCGGCGAUGCGUUCUCCGGCCACAAGGUUGUUGAGGCCAGUGCGGAUACCUCCUGCCCAGCCAUUACUUGGGACAAUGGCACUCCGCCAGCUGGUAGUCAAGUCAAGAAGUGUGGCAGCGGCUCGGAUGUCACUCUUACACUCUGCGCAUAA